AUGUCUUUUCCACUAGGUUUUCACAGCAAGGGGGAGCAAUAUCAGAUUGUUCACAGCCAGAGGGAGCAGGUUGUUCACAGCCAGGGGGAGCAGCAAACUCACUUGGUUUGUAAGCUAAAUAAAUCACUCUAUGGGCUUAAACAGGCUUCUAGAAUGUGGUUUUCUAAGUUUUCAAAUGCCUUAAUUGAUUUUGGCCUUGUUCAAUCCAAGGCUGAUUAUUCUUUAUUCACUAGGCAACAAGGAGAUUCAUUUAUUGUGUUGCUAGUGUAUGUUGAUGAUGUUCUCAUAGCAAGCAAUGAUCAAAAGGGAGUUGAAGAUUUUAAAAUACUGUUAGAUCAGAAGUUCAAGUUGAAAGAUUUAGGGAGUUUGCGAUAUUUUCUUGGUUUGGAGGUAGCAAGAAUAGCUAAGGGCAUUUUCUUGUGUCAAAGGAAGUAUGCUCUAGAAAUUUUGGAAGAUGUUGGCUUACUAGGAUGCAAACCUGCAAAAGUUCCAAUGGAUCCUACUUUAAAACUUAGCAAAUAUGAAGGUGAUGUGCUGAAUGAUCCAAGUCAAUAUAGAAGAUUGGUUGGCAGAUUGUUAUACUUAACUAUUACUAGGCCUGACAUUACAUUUGUUGUUCAUAAGCUUAGUCAGUUCAUGGCACAACCUAGAAAGCCUCAUUAUGCAGCUGCUCUUAAGGUACUUCAUUACAUAAAAAAUGAACCAGGGAAAGGAGUAUUUUUUUCUGCAAAAUCAGAACUACAUGUCAAAGGAUUCAGUGAUGCAGAUUGGGCAUCAUGCUCAGACACAAGACGAUCGGUUACAGGGUUUUGUAUUUUCCUUGGUGAUUCAUUAAUCUCUUGGAAAUCAAAGAAACAAGCUACUGUGUCAAGAUCUUCAGCUGAGGCAGAGUAUAGAGCUAUGGCUGUAGCAACUUGUGAAAUUGUGUGGAUUCUUUAUUUGCUAAAAGAUUUGCAGAUUAAACAUGAUAGAGAAGCAAUAUUGUUUUGUGAUAGUCAAUCAGCCUUGCAUAUAGGAUCCAAUCCAGUUUUUCAUGAAAGGACCAAACAUAUAGAGGUUGAUUGUCACAUUGUAAGGGACAAGGUCUUGGCUAAAGUAAUCAAACUAAAUCAUGUGAGAACUCAUUGUCAAUUGGUAGAUUUAUUAACCAAGGCAUUGGGUUACAAACAAUUUUUAGAAUUGUUAUCCAAGAUGGGACUGAUUAACAUUUGUUCUUUAUCAAUCCAUCUUGAGGGGGAGUAUAAAAAUCAGCCUAAGUUUAACAACAACAGCAGAGCUUCAGCUUAA